GCUUUUCUGCUUUGUUUAUGGGAUUGGACAGGCGAAGGCACUGAUGGAGUCCUAGCGAGCGAGACGUUUGCCUGGUGGAUUUGGGAUUCUGCCUGCAGUGCUGAGCAGCCACUUCUUGCCAUUGCCUCCCACAGCUCCAGCCCCCAGACAUGGCUGGGCUUUUGUGGCUCCAAGCCGGCUUCUGAGCACACAAUCCGCCCUCCUCUAUUAGGGCAUUUGAUGGUGUGUUCUCUUCUAUGCACCUCCUUUUUGCUGUCCUUAGAGGUUACUGUAUGAGGCUUUUUAAUGCAGGGGAGAUGGGUCAGGACCAGACAAAGCAGCAGAUAGAGAAAGGACUCCAUCUUUACCAGUCUAAUCAGACCGAAAAGGCCCUGCAAGUCUGGAUGAGGGUUUUGGAGAAGUCUGCGGAUCCUGCUGGCAGGUUUCGGGUUUUGGGUUGCCUCAUCACUGCUCAUGCAGAGAUGGGCAGAUACAAAGAUAUGCUGAAGUUUGCAGUGGUACAAAUUGACACAGCACGGGAGCUGGAAGACCCGGAUUACCUUACCGAGAGCUACCUAAACCUGGCUCGCAGCAAUGAGAAACUCUGUGAAUUCCAGAAAACAAUCUCUUACUGUAAGACGUGCCUGAACAUGCAGGGUACCACCGUGAGCCUGCAGCUGAACGGCCAGGUGAGCCUCAGCAUGGGCAAUGCCUUCCUGGGCCUCAGCAUUUUCCAGAAGGCUUUGGAGUGCUUUGAGAAAGCUUUACGCUACGCACACAACAACGAUGACAAGAUGCUGGAGUGUCGAGUCUGCUGCAGCCUCGGGAACUUCUAUGCCCAGAUAAAGGACUAUGAGAAAGCCUUGUUCUUCCCAUGUAAAGCAGCUGAGCUGGUGAAUGAUUACGGAAAAGGCUGGAGCUUGAAGUACCGUGCGAUGAGCCAAUAUCACAUGGCAGUGGCCUACCGCAAGCUGGGGCGCUUGGCAGAUGCCAUGGACUGCUGCGAGGAGUCCAUGAAGAUUGCCCUGCAGCAUGGUGACCGGCCUCUGCAAGCGCUGUGUCUGCUCUGCUUUGCAGAUAUCCAUCGCAGUCGCAAAGACGUGCAGACAGCCUUUCCUCGGUAUGAUUCCUCCAUGAGCAUCAUGACAGAGAUUGGAAACCGCCUGGGCCUGGUCCAGGUGCUUCUAGGAGUGACUAAGUGUUGGAUGAUCCAGAAGGAGCUGGACAAGGCUCUGGAAAGCAUUGAAAAGGCACAGGAGCUGGCAGAGGGACUAGGGAACAAGCUUGGCCUGCUGAAGCUCCACUGCCUGUGUGAAAGGAUCUACCGCACAAAAGGGCAGCAGCGGGAAUUGCGUGACCACGUAGUGAAGUUCCAUGAAUGCGUGGAGGAGAUGGAGCUGUACUGUGGCAUGUGUGGAGAGUCCAUUGGGGAGAAGAACAACCAGCUCCAGGCGCUGCCUUGCUCCCACUUCUUCCACUUAAAGUAA